UGAAAUUCGCUAAAAGAUGGCGACGCGCACUUAAUUUUUGUUUUUUCCCACAUAAUAAAGUGUAAUGAAACCAAAAUAAAAGCAGCGCCAGUAAAACAAUCAGAGGCUGUUAAAAAAGAAGGAAAGGAGUACCGCCCUAAACGCUUUCCUAGGACCCAAAGCGAAGCGCGAGUGCAGUGAAACUAAUACAAACAUUGACAUGUCGCUGGACCAAAGAGAGCAACAAGUGUGUGAAAAUCGAAUUGUGGCCGUUUAAAAUGUUCGGAGGAGCAGUUGGUGCGUCUGGUGGCUGCUAGAAGGCCAUCAUCAGCUCCAGGAAGAAAGACUCUGACAUAGGAACGCCCGAAAUUCUACCCAAGAAGCUAGGCAGUAGCGUCUGCACACGUAACCUUGUGUGCGCGUAGCACGGAAGCUGUUUGUCGGAAUCGGUAUAGGUACAUAUAUAGUUGAGUUGGUUCCGGCCGCGGGCUAUUCCCAGUACGUCGGGCACGUCACCGAGGAGGAUGGACACCACAUCAGCCGCCGGAUCUGGAGUCGGAUCGGGCGACGUCUGUCCCUGCUCCACGGUCGCUGCCUCCAACGCCUCCAAUGAGCAACCGCAGACCAAGCGCCAGAAGAUCGAGCAGCAGAUCAAGGUGGGUUCCAAAGCGAUGCCGCCUCAGCCGCCCGACAUUCUCGAUCUGGACGCCAAUAGCAACAGCCACCUGUGCUCCUCGCUCUCUUCGUCCUCCACCCACUCGCUGUCCACGCCAAGCAGCACCAACAACUCUCCCACCACUACGCCAAGCAGCUCCAGAGCCGCGUCCUACGCCCAGUUGCUGAACAACAUCUUGCCACAAAACGGGGACACAGAGCCACACAGCCAACCGAAAUCAGCCCAGGAUGAGGUGGAUCGGGCGGCAAAAUUGCCCGACUUGCUGUCCCUCAGCACGGCCAACAGCAAUAGCAGCCACCUGGGCAGCAGGAGUAACUGCAUCCCAGCGACAGCCAUUGACGACAUGCUGGAGUUCGAGCAGUCCCUCACCCGUCAGUGCCUGUGCGGGGUUUCUGAGCGAACGUUGCGUAAGCCAUUCCAGUCCCAUUACUCACAGGACACCAACGGCCAAAAGCGGAUAGCCUACCUGCGCGAGUGGCCCACCAAUAAGCUGCUGCAGUUCUUGUCCAACCUGCAGCUUCUGUUCGACAUUUAUCUGAAGCAGAACGCCAAGGGCUUUAUCUGCACGCGGAUAAUGGACGUCUGCGACGCGCUUAUUCGCAAUGACCACAAGCUCAUCGACGAGAUCAUCGUGCUGGCUGGCUACGACAACUCCUACGUGCAAUUCCUGGCCGGACGUGUGCUAGCCGCAUUCCUGGUGAUUGCCAAGCAGGAGCUCAACGAUGAGUGGCUGCAGAAGAUCGUCGACCAGCUGUUUAACUUUGAGCAGCUCGACCAGGCGGCCGUGCAGAAGAUCCACUUCAGCCUAGACAUUAUAAAGCGUAUCGUCGAGUGGAAGGACGUUGAGAUCCAUCCGCUGGACGACGACUGGAUGGCGGCGGCGAAUAGUGCCAGCGCUGCCUCAUCAGUUGUGCCCCUUUCAACGGAAGCUUCCGUAAGCUACAUGCAUUUUCCCGUGCAAGAGCAGCCGCUGGCCACCAACUACUUUGCGCUGCAGUUUCGAGAGGAUACGGAGGGGGAGCGGGAGCCGGAGCGUGAAUCAACCGACAAUCGCGAUCGGCACCGGCGGCACUUUGGUGAGGAGUUGAACGUCGCCUUCGAGCCGCAUCACGCGCCCCAGUCUACAUCCAUGCCCAGCGGCUGCCAUGUGGUCACGCUCACAGACUCGGAGAGCUUCGACACGACGCACCUAAAGUGCAUAACCAUCCAAAAACUGGAGCACAAGUGGCCGACGCUAGUAAAGAACAUGUCAGAGCUGAUGGCACCGACGCACCAGGAUGCGGCCGAGCACUGUGUGCUCAACUUUCUCCAGCUGUGGGAGAACAUCAUCUCGGUAAAGGCCAAUCUUUCUAUCGACGAGACUCGGCCUUACUACGCCCAACUGGAUAAGUUUGAGCUGCUGCUCAGUCACAGCCUGUCCUGCACCGUGUACAAGCAGAUGCUAUGCCUCUUUAAUGAGGCGUUGUGCUAUGGCUCCACGCUGGCGCUGCAGGACAUGCUGCCCGAGGAGACGUGCAAACUGGCGCACCAGAUUGUCUGCCACGUACGUGGCUUCCGAAUCCUGGAAUCGUUGCCGCGUCGCCAGCCAGACAACAUGGUUAGCCUAAUCGGCUACAAUGGCAGGCCGUUAGUCUAUGCCAACGGAACUAUUACCCUGGCAAACGCGGCUCAAUCUGGCGAUGGAGAGCAGGACGGCGGAGAAGGCGAAGCUCCUCUGGACCUUAUAGAGAUGGACAAAACGCUGUUACAAAAGAUGGUUCUGUUGGUGCUGAAGUCGAUAGCGGUAACGGUUAAGGAGAUUCGCAGCGACUCCUCCGACUCCUCCAUCGACUCCAGCGACUAUGAUGCCUUCCAGGACAUGAUGCUUAUAGAACGCUCGAUCCGCGAUGUGCUGAGCAAGCUGGAGACGUUCAUCAAGCAGACGCUAGAGUUUCAUCCGGAGUGUCACUUCAGCAAAAUCCUGAUCCACCUCUUCGACGACCAGGACGACCAUCUGAUCGAGGCCAUGGUCUGCACGCUGGACGUCACGUCGGGCAUCUCGUUCCGCAACAAUGCAUUUCCCGAGCUGGUGGCCAUGCUGAAUCCGGUGUACACAUUCCUGGAGUUCCUCAAGAUGACGUCGAACAGCUCGGACCUACUGCUGGACCUGCUGGUGAGCAACGAAACCUGCUUUCUGCUCUACCUGCUGCGCCUGCUGAAGUACAUCCGCAUGAACUGGACGAUGUUUGUGCACAGUUGUCACACCUUUGGCAUGGGAAGCGCCAUGCUGGACGAGGCGAUGGGCGUGCUUAUCCGUCUGCGCUUGCAAAUAUCCCGCCUGGUGUCGCGCCAGCUAUAUCCCUACGACAUUUCACCGGUGCUGCGCCUGCUUGAGAGCUGCGAGAGCCUCUACGAGGGCAACGAACUGAGCUGAGUGCGGCGCAGGCCCGUACUUCCAACCACAUGCAAUUAAAAUACGUAAUUUAUUUUAAUAUUUAAUGGAAUAGGAGAAACUAGCGCAAAAUUAAAUGAAGACGGAAGCCGUGUAGAAUACGUGUAUUAGCCGUAGGGACAGCUCGACCAUAUCUCCACACCCCGAUCCAGUAGCGCGUUAGCAGUAGUUAAGUUCUUGCACCCUUUCAUCCGCUUCGCAGGUCUUUCAGCCUAGAUACAUAACUGUAUGUAAUUGUCAUUGUAAUGAGCAUCACAAGUUCGUAGUUAGAGAGUAGUUAAUGGUAACAUCGUAGGUACUGAAUUCCAAACUAAACACUACGCUAGACUAAGAUUUUUUUAAUCUUGCCCUAAGUAGAAUAAUGUACAAUAGGAUGGCAAACGUUGGCUCACUCUCCGCAAAAAGUGGGCGUAAAUUCGGUGUCUUCGAGAAGAAAAUUCUUUGUACGUUUUCUAAAACACUUGAAUAAUAUAACUUAAUUAAUUGAUUAAAAGAAACGCAUUAAGAAGAACUACAA